AUGAGUUCUAGUUCCUCAACGGUCUCAAACAACAUUCCUCCCAUUGAAACUCAAAAAGAAAUACUCUGCCGCCUUAAAACAACUUUAUUCGAUGGUGACCUCUUUGUGCUGUUGCACACUAAUGUCAUGGCUAGCCACGACAUCAAGGACUUACUCAAACAUGUUGAUCUAUUAACUUCGCCUUCUGUUGUCGUCAGCUUUGUGAUAGAGUUUUCUGCCUUCUUGGAUCAACUUCUGGAAUUGCACAAGUCUCUUGACCAUGAAAAAUAUGAAUUUGAGACCAGGGUUGUCGACAUCUCCAAAUGGAAUAAACAAAUUGAGGAGUUGCAAGCCAAAGUGAAAGAAGCUUGGGUGCUUCAAGCUCGUGCAGAUGACACCACUCAAUAA